AGGCCGAAAAACGAGACAGGCGAACCGAAGUCCUACGCAUACUGGAAAAGCGGAACCAUCACCACCGACCUUCGCACAUUACUUGUAUUGAAGUUUGGCAUUUUCAAUGUUGACAACAUUAUCAUUGGGCCUACGGAUCACAACAAAGAAUUCUCUGAACUGCUUCGUAACGUUUUCUACAAUAGCAUUGCAACACGAUUUUGCCAGGUGAACAUCAUCUAUCAACGAGAGGGACUUCUAAGCCUCAGUUACUUCUUGCUUUCCUUUCAUAAUAUUCUCUAUCGUUCACCGUUUUUCGUUAUCAAAACUUCGAGGUCAGCCGACAACAAAUACAUGAGUGUAUUUGCAAUCAAUUUCAUGGAAGAAUACUGUGUAGAACGUUACUACAAAACAGCUAUCGAGUACCAAAAGAAAAUCUGA